CCGAGGGCCCCCGGCGUCUGCCCGACAGGCCCGCUGGAGCCAGCGCCCGAGAGGCAGGGCCGGGAGUCGCAGUCGGGGCGCGGUCCCCGGGAGACGGGUGCGACCCGCUGCCCCGCAGGUCCGGGCCCAUCGGUGCGGUGCGGUGCGGUGCGGGACGGUGCCAACCAUGCCCCUGGUCCCCCCAUCUUUGUGGGAGCUGGUGAAGGAGCAUGUUCCGCUCCCGGAGCGGCCCGAAGUGAAGCGGAUUCUGGGGGAGACCAUGGUGGAGCUGAGCCUGGAGCUGCGGGCUGAGAUGGUGCUGCUGCGCUCACUGCUCCUCGAGGCUUCGUCCACCCCGGCUCCUGGCCCCCGCCCCGCCGCUGACCCUUCUUCCCUCCUGGCACCGUCCCCCCUCCUAAGGGACGUCCUACGACAGGAGCUCCGGCAGCUGCUCCAGGCUCUCCGGCAGAAGGCCAUCCGCGAGGGCAGGGACCAGACCCAGGCAUGGGUCCAGUACAGCCCCAGGGUCCUGCACUUUGCCUUGGAGGAGCCCAAGUGUGACCUGCCAGAACACCAUGUGUCCGGGAUGAGAACUGGUAAAGCCAGCAGCCAGCCUAAGGACCUCAGUGUCAUUAAGGAUCAGCUGAAUGUGUCCAACAUUGACCAGGUUGCCCAACACCUGCGGGGCCUCCUGAAGGAGGAAUGUUGCAGCUUGGAGAAGGAGAUCAGCCGUCUGCAGGUGAGCAAGGCCUCGGCCCCACGUGGAAUGAGACACCCCCCCCCAGAUAUAUGUAGACGUGGGAGCCACCGCCCUGCCAGAUUUGCUCAGUUUAUUUUUAGAGCUAUGGGAACUGGUCUUCCCUUGGCCAGGGGUGCUCAGGUGGGUUGGAUGAGGGAGCAGCAUGAGGAUGGGCCCUGUCUCAGGGAUCAGUCAUGGCACCCAGCUCGGAGUGGGCCAGGCUGCUGUGUGAGCCAGCUCUCCUUGCAGCGAUGUCUGGAGGAGAAGUACGCAGGGCCACCCCCAUCUUCAAAGGCCACCCCAGACCUCACCUUGACAGAGCUGAAGGAGCAGAAGGUGGCUAUGCUGCGGGAGCUGCAUACACCCCCCAUACCCUCCUGUGUCCCCUGCAGUUCCUGGCAACAGCCCUCUGAUUCCAGCCAGGUCUUUCCAUCCUUGUCUUGCCUCCCGGGUAUCGCUGGAGUUUGGCCUCAGACUCUGCAGUGCUGUCUCCCUGCUCCUCCUCUGGAGAGCUGUCCCCACCCUCAAGGCCUGGCCUUCAUCUACCGCUGGGGCCGGAAGCUUCAGUAUAACCCCAGGACUAACCCAGCACCCCCAACAUUGUCCAACAGAGCACCCCAGGCUCCUACCUGAAGGGCUGGCCACAAAGCAGGGUUCCACUUUCAAUUCUGCUGAAACUACCCUGGUGGCAUCUCAGCUGCAGAUCUGGGCUCCGAUGGGCCCUCACAACCAGGACCCCCCAGCUCUCAGUAUGUGUCUCCCACCCUCUUAGGUCUAAGCCUUUGGUUUUUCUCCCCUCACUCUGUAGCCAGCCCUUCUGUUAGAGGUCUCUCUGCCCUGACUCCUGCUCCCCCAGGAGACCCAGACAAAGCACAGCAGCAGCUCGGAGUCAGGAAUAGAAAUUUCAUUAAAAUCUAUGGACUUUGAAA